AUGGCUCACCCCGCCCUAGAACAAGAUGGGAAACAAGGUGCAAGCUCAAUUGCUGGCUCUUGUCUGCCCCCGCGAUCCUUCGAUCCUCUGAAUCAAUACGGAGCCAGGUCAAAAUCUGAUGCCACGUUUGAGGAGGAGUAUGCUCGGGCCAACAGAGAUUUAGACGAAGAGCCGGCGAACCUUGAAUCAAGGAAGACUUGGCUAAGCCUCAUAUUUUUGGUCUUGUUCGUCGGGCCAGCCGUUGCAACAUUCUUUAUAACUGCGAAAGACUGGGCUGACCCUUUGAUCCGCGUGGUGCCGCCAGAUGACUCAAAGCAAGUGCAAGAUAUCUUCUUUGGUGGCAAUGCGUGGCUGAUCUCAUGUGUCACAGUGAAAUCGGCAGCAGCCAAGCCGCCAUCAACUUUACAGGCAGCUGCGGAAUUACUGCGACCUCGCGGGGUGCGUGUUGCUCGAGUUCAUUGCUGGGAGCCUCUGGAAACUAAGAAGGGGCUCCGCAGCUUGGCGCAAAGGUUCGGAUUCCGGGAUAAGCCGCCUGUGGUAAUGGCAACCAGGGGCAAAGGUACUCCCACCCUGCUAGCUGCGACGGGUCUUCAACCCGAAGCUCUGGCUGCAAAAGUCCUUGCGGCCGUGAUACCAGAGGAGUCGGUCAAUGUCAAGGCCACCGUUCGUGAAGGAGGGUACGGGAAGUCAGGGCAUCGAAAGGAAAAAGUCGGCAAGCGCCCAGAGGAAGCCGAUCAUGCUCAGGAGAUCAAAGACGACUUGGAGGUGCACACGCAGCCUGAGGAAGAGGAAGUCAUCAACCUGGACAUGGACUGA